AGGAAGGCGGGGACCCGGGGCAAAGCUGCAGCCACCAAGCAGGCCCAACGCGGCUCUUCCAAUGUCUUUUCCAUGUUUGAACAAGCCCAGAUCCAGGAGUUCAAGGAAGCCUUCAGCUGCAUUGACCAGAACCGUGAUGGUAUCAUUUGCAAGUCUGACCUGAGGGAAACCUACUCCCAGCUUGGGAAGGUGAAUGUCCCAGAUGAGGAGCUAGAAAUCAUGCUGCAGGAGGGGAAGGGCCCCAUCAACUUCACUGUCUUCCUCACACUCUUCGGAGAGAAGCUCAAUGGGACAGACCCCGAGGAAGCCAUCCUGAGCGCCUUCCGCAUGUUUGACCCCAGUGGCCAAGGGGUGGUGAACAAGGAUGAGUUCAAGCAGCUUCUCCUGACCCAAGCAGAUAAGUUUUCUCUGGCAGAGGUUGAGCAGAUGUUUGCCCUGGCACCCAUGGACCUGGCAGGGAACAUCGACUACAAAUCCCUGUGUUACAUUAUCACCCAUGGAGAUGAGAAAGAAGAGUGAAGAGAGGAGGUGCUUCUGGGGUUGACUCGGGCCUGUGGAACCCUCAAUAAACUGUGUUGCUGAAUU